GUAACCCAAGAGGGCUAUAUAUGACCGGAAUAGAGCUUAAUACCCUUAAAGUUGAGUACUGUGAGGACAACAAACGUUUUACCAAAUACUCAAGGCCGUGCCAAGCAUGAAUCUCUCACACUAAAAUGCUAGCAGCCCUGAGCUUGUCCCUCAUCCCGACUCUGGGGGGCUUGACUCACGAGGGGGGAAAUUAUUACCUAACUUUAGCCCUAAUGCACCACGUGAACCCAGAAAAUAAUUGUUUGAUCGUCCCAAUCCGGUAAACAGAGGCUCCAGACCCCUCGUUCCAGGUAACGACGUGCAUUCGGCAACAUGCCAUUGCCAAGGUGGCGGCAAAAAAUAAGCCCCAAACUCUGCAGUCUCCAUAGAAAGUUAAAUUAAAAAUCGAAAAUAAAAAAUCAUUAAAACAUGUCACCUGGAGAAGAAGGGUUUUCGGCCAUUAUGGGCCAAUCCGAGAGUGAAUGGAAAAUCAAGGGGAAAACUGGGACAUAUAUAUUUCCCCAGAUCCCACAUGGCCCUUCCCCGGAAUGUCCCCGGACUCAUCUUUCUUCGCUACGUGAAAUCCCUUUGUCACAAUGGCCGUCGACAUGUCCUCCGACCGGGAAGCCAAUGACUUCCAGCAUGUCCAGGUUGCCAAAACAUCGAUGUGGCGGUCCCUCGCGAAUAACCCUAAAGUGCUUUUCAUUGCAUUUUUCGCCUCCUUUGGUGGUUUUGAGUAUGGCUACCAGCAAGGUGUCCUGGGACAGUCGUUGGUUAUGACCCGCUUCAUGGAGAACUUCCCCUCAGUGGUGGAUUCCUCCACAGCCACGGGAUGGUUGACUUCGAUUCUGCAGUUGGGCGGAGUUGUGGGGUCCUUGUCUGCAGGUGUUUUGGGUGAAAUCUACUCACGAAAGUACACCAUGUUCGUCGCAUGCUGCUGGGUUAUCCUAGGGAGUUAUCUUUACGUUGGUGCCACGGAUGGCAACCCGUCACUCUUGUACGCCGGACGAUUCUUCACGGGUAUAGGAGUGGGUCUGUUUAGCGGUGUCGGGCCCUUGUACAAUGCCGAAUUGGCAGCGCCCGAGAUGCGUGGUCUUUUGGUAUCUUUCUAUCAAUUCGCCACAAUUCUUGGAAUCAUGAUCUCCUUCUGGGUGGGUUACGGAAGUAACUACAUUGGGGGCACGGGCGAGACGCAGUCGGACAUGGCAUGGCGCCUGCCCUCCAUCGUCCAAGGUAUCCCUGCCGUUUGUCUAGCCUGCGGCAUUUGGUUCAUGCCUUUCUCUCCCAGAUGGCUGGUCAAACAGGACCGGGAUGAAGAGGCCCUCGCCACGCUUGCCUGGAUACGGAAGCUGCCACAGGACAGUGAGCUAGUUCAGAUGGAAUUUCUGGAGAUGAAGGCAGAAGCCCUUUUUGAAAAGAGGGCGUUCGCCAAAGCGACACCCUGGCUAGCCGAAAGAGAAAACAAGAGUGUUUUCAUGAGCCAAAUCGCACAAUAUGCGAACUGUUUCCGGACCAUGGGCAACUUCAAACGGGUCUGCACUGCAUGGCUGGUUAUGUUUUUUCAGCAAUGGAGUGGUGUCGAUGCCAUUAUUUACUACGCGUCUAAUGUAUUCACCAGUCUUGGACUUACGAGUGGUACUGUUGCUCUCUUGGCGACUGGAGUGACUGGCGUGGUCUUCCUUAUCAGCACGAUGCCAGGCAUGUUGAUCAUUGACAAAGUCGGUCGAAAGCCGAUGCUCUUAGUCGGCUCGCUGGUCAUGCUGCUCAGCAUGGUAAUUGUUGGAGUGAUCGUGGCUAAAUUCCGGCACGAUUGGCCUUCUCACGAGGCCGCAGGCUGGAGUGCUGUCGCACUUAUCUGGCUCUAUAUCGCCGGUUUUGGUGCCACCUGGGGUCCUUGUUCAUGGACAUUGGUAUCGGAAAUUUUCCCUCUCUCUAUUCGUGCUAAGGGUGCAUCGAUUGGAGCGUUUAGCAAUUGGAUCAACAAUUUUGCCAUCGCCUUCUUUGUACCACCAAUGCUGGAAGCAUGGGCAUGGGGUACAUAUAUCUUUUUCGCCGUAUUCCUGGGUGUCGGUAUUGUCUGGGUGUGGUUCUUCCUCCCAGAGACCAAGAAUGCGUCGCUCGAGGAGAUGGACCGUGUCUUCAAGAGCAAUACCGGGGAGCAGGACGCCGAGAUGCUGCGUGAGGCGCAAAGAGAGGUUGGCCUGACCGCAUGCAUCGAACGAUUGUCGAAGGGUCCAGUACACAUCGAGAAAGAUGGCUAUGGGUCACAUCUCGAGCAGGUAUAAAGCGGGUUAAUAUGUGACGACCUUGCCGUGUGCUCACGAUAUUUGAAAUAUAUGUAUAAUGCUGUAGUAGACGUUGAAUGAUGACGAACUUGACCUUUAUGAAUAUUGAAUCGCUAGCAUCGCUCAAUUAUGACCGAGGGUAAUUUAAUACAUUGCAUGCGAUAGUGUCGUUUUGGCGUACUCCAGAUCACGAAGCACAGCUGUUUGGAGCGAUAUCCAUGCACUAUAUGCUGGGUGUGCGUAAAUCGCCUGCUUAAAGGCUAUAGCCUUUCAAUUGUUGCUGACGCAAAGCCUUGCGCGUCCAGAUGCGUUUUUGGGGCCAAAUUAGUCUUGGCUAUUUGAAAAACAGCAACCCCUGUUGCACUUGGAAACGGUCAAGCCUUUUAUUGGUGGCGAAGGCAACACCUUCGUAAUCAUAUAGCUGAUAGAAUCUCGUUCGUCUCAUAGCCCCAGACUGCUUCAAGGUCCCUAAGUCGCCAUAGCGCCCCCCAUCCUGUUGUUUGCUCAAUGGUUUUGAAGAGCUUAGCCACAGCUAUAUGUUCGCGCCGAUGAGUCAAAAGCUUUCCGGCGAUAUAUAACGGCUGAAUAGCAUUGAUGAGGUUACCCGGAUGUGGGUUGGUCAGUGAAAUGCCGCACACCCGCCUUGCGUGCCAAACUGAGGAGGCUAAGUGACUUGACG